AUGAGUUGUCCCAAAAUCUACCAACCUGUGCUAGAGUGGUUCUAUAUCAUUGGUACUCUGUUCUCCAAACCUAAGAGGUCCUCACCGUUGCUGUCUGAGAAGGUUGCAAGCUAUGGGUUAAUGCACAAUAUGAUAUUCUAUUUAACGAGAGAUUAUAACUUGAAUGCCGCCACUGGCACCACCAUUUUCUUGCUCUGGUCUGCUCAUUCCAAUGCCUUCGCCAUAGUUGGAGCUUUCCUCUCCGAUUCUUACUUGGGCCAAUUUCGUGUCAUCGUCUUGGGUUCCUUCUCUAUCCUCCUCGGGAUGAUUCUGCUUUGGUUUACAGCAGUGGUUCCAGAGACGAAGCCUUCUUCUCCCUUGAGCCAGCCAUCAUCGUCUCAAUUGGCUCUCCUGUUCUCCUCAUUUCUGCUAAUGUCCAUAGGAGCCGGUUGCAUUAGGCCAUAUUCCAUUGCCUUUGGAGCAGAUCAAUUGAUCAAUAAAGACAGACCAAACAAUGAGGUGAUCUUACAGAGCUUCUUCAACUGGUUCUAUGCUUCUACUGGGGUUUCCACCAUUCUUGCAGUCACUGUGAUUGUGUACAUUCAAGAUCAUUUCGGCUGGAAAGUGGGUUUUGCAGUACCUGCAUUUCUCAUGCUCAUAGUUGUUCUACUGUUCUUAGUGGGCUCUCCUCUGUAUGUCAAAGUAAAGGCCAGUAAGAGCUCAGUCUUUCAGAGAUAUGAGAAAGUAAGAUUGCUGCCAUGGAAAAUCUUGGCCGCCAAAGAAGUGACCCAUCAUGCAUUUUCGGAUAAAAGGAAACCUAUUCAGAUCAGAUACUGA